AUGCGGGGCUCCAAACCCAGUGGCGCAGCCACGUCCAACGACUCGGAGACGUUGGAGAGUGAUGACGACUGGACUGUUAACAGUAAGGGAGCUGCCAAGAACAAGAGCGGCGCGUCGUCCUCGUCUGAGCCCGACGAGGGCAAAGUCUCGAACUCUGGUGGCAGUUCCUCGGCACUGGCCAGUGACAGCGGCAGCGAAGACAACAAUGACGACGAUUCUGAAGAAGAGUUCAACGGCGGCUACGCCGAGAACCUCAAGGGCCCUUGA